AUGGCCGACUCUUCACCAACAUCAUCAAAACCAAGACAGACCUGGAAAGAGAGUAUGAAGAAAGUUCCAUAUUUGUCAUCCUCCAGUGUUUGUCUGACUGAAGAGCUUCAAUGUUGUGUGUGUCUGGAUGUGUUCAGUGAUCCAGUCAGCACUCCAUGUGGACACAACUUCUGCAGAAUCUGUCUGAAACAGUGCUGGGACAACAGUCAGAUCUACAGCUGUCCAUACUGUAAAGAAACAUUCAGUAAAAGACCAGAGCUCAAGAUCAACACAACACUUAGACAGCUCACGCUGAUAUUUAAGGAAAAGUAUGAUGGCUACAUAUGUGAGAAACAUGAGAGACCUCUGGAGCUCUUCUGUAGAGAUGAUCAGACAUUUGUUUGUGUGUUUUGUGCUUUUGGAGAUCACAAGAAUCACAACAUUGUUCCUCUAGAGGAGGAAAGUAAAGAGAAGAAGACUCAACUGAUGAAGACACAGACAGACAUUCAGCAGAUGAUCCAGAAGAGAAUCAACAAGAUUCAAGACAUCAAACACUCAGCAGAACUCAGAAAAAGAAGCAGAGAGCAGGAGAAAGCAGCGAGUGUUGAGCUCUUCAGUGAUCUGAUCAGAUCCAUUGAGAAAUGUCAGACUGAGCUGCUGGAAAUGAUGGAGGACAAACAGAAAGCAGAUGAGAAACAGGAUGAAGAUCUCAUUAAAGAUCUGGAGCAGGAGAUCACUGAACUAAAGCGGAGAGACAGUGAGCUGGAGAAGAUCACACACAGUGAAAAUUAUCUUCAUCUAAUACAGAUUGACCCAUCAACCCUGUACAGAGCUCCAGACAUGAAGAACUGGUCUGAGAUCAGUAUGAAGACUCAUGUGAGUGUGGAGACUCUAAGAGCUCUGACUCAACUACAGGAGACUCUCAAUGAGAAAUUUACUCAGACUGUGUUGUUGAAGAUGCAGCAGUAUGCAGUUGAUGUGACUCUGGAUCCUGAUACAGCUCAUCCAAAACUGAUCUUAUCUGAAGAUAGAAAACAAGUGAGACAUGGAUACAUUCGAUUUAAACUCCCAGAUAAUCCAGAGAGAUUUGAUAGGUGUGUCAAUAUCCUGGGAAAAGAGGGAUUCACUUCAGGGAGAUUUUAUUUUGAGGUUCAAGUGAAGGGAAAAACUGACUGGACUAUAGGAGUGGCCAAAGGAUCUGUUAACAGAAAAGGAUCGAUCACACUGUCUCCUGAGAAUGGAUUCUGGACUGUGAUUCUGAGGAAUGAGAAUGAAUAUUGGGCAUGUGAUGAUUCUUCUGUCUCUCUGUCUCUGAAAGUGAAACCACAGAAGGUCGGGGUGUUUGUGGAUUAUGAGGAGGGUUUGGUUUGUUUUUAUGAUGUAGAGUCCAGGUCUCAUAUCUACUCUUUCACUGAUCAAACUUUCACUGAGAAACUCUUUCCUUUCAUUUGCCCACAUUUAAAUGAUGGCGGUAAAAAUUCAGCUCCUCUGAUCAUCUCACCUGUUCAUUACAACAAAUGACUUUACAUUCAGAAUAUAAAAUACUAAAUUAAACUAAAGCUUUAUAGAAUUA